AUGGCUCAGCUAGCAUUGCCCUUGGUGCAGGCUGUUACAGGUGCAAUCCCACUUGUCGGUGCUCCGAUGCAAGCGGCUAUUGGUGGAUUAUUGACAGGCCUUCAAGCUAUAGACGUGAGAGCUUUGACAACGUUGCGCGAACGUUGUCUUGCAUCCACAUCCGUCACACAAGCUAUCGCUGGAUGCUUUGUUAAAAUCGAUCGCUAUCUGGCGGAGUAUUUGGUUGUGUUCUAUUCUCUAACGAAUUUUUGCACCACACUCACUAUUCUGUUGCAAUUCAAUGAGAUGCUCAAAGUUCUAUUCAAAUGCAACUCGGUUGAAGCUCGAAUUCAGAGACGAUAUAUGGAGAGCGAACAGUACGAUUUGUGCAUUGACGAGGGCACGCAAGUAACUCAACUUACAAGCAAUAAAUGGUCAAGACUUGAAGCGGGCGCAAAGGUUGUUAUGAGG